AUGUCAUUAGAUUCUGUGCUAUUGAUAGGGGGCUCUGGUUUCCUUGGGCUCCAUUUGAUCCAACAAUUCUAUGAACAAUCACCAAGACCACAAAUUCAUGUAUUUGAUGUACGUCCAUUACCAGAAAUUUUACCAUCAAUAUUUACAUUCAAACAAUCAGAAAUAAAAUUCCAUCAAGGUGAUUUAACUAGUCCAGAUGAUGUUAAAAAAGCUAUAAGAGAAAGUAAAGCUCCUGUUAUAGUUCAUUCUGCUUCUCCAAUGCAUGGUCUUAAUCAAGAAAUUUAUAUCAAAGUUAAUAUUAAAGGUACAGAAAAUUUGAUCAAAUGUGCUAAAGAAGAAGGUGUAAAAGCUGUUGUUUAUACUUCAAGUGCUGGUGUUAUCUUCAAUGGUCAAAAUAUUCAUAAUGCUGAUGAAUCUUGGCCAAUCCCAGAAGUCCCAAUGGAUGGUUAUAAUGAAACAAAGGCAAUUGCAGAAAAAUUUGUCCUUGAUUCAAAUGAUUUCCAAGCGAGAUUCUUAACGGUUGCACUAAGACCUGCUGGUAUUUUCGGUCCUGGUGAUCGUCAAUUAGUUCCUGGGUUGAGAAGCGUUGCUAAAUUAGGACAAUCAAAAUUCCAAAUUGGUGAUAAUAAUAAUUUAUUUGAUUGGACUUAUGCUGGGAAUGUUGCAGAUGCUCAUGUUUUAGCAGCUCAAAAAUUAUUAGAUCCAAUACAAUCAAAAAAAAUCGGUGGUGAAAAGUUCUUUAUUACAAAUGAUGCUCCAACUUAUUUCUGGACAUUAGCAAGAACUGUUUGGAAAGCUGAUGGUCAUGUGGAAAAAUAUAACAUUGUUUUAAAUAGACCAGUUGCUAUACUUGCUGGUUAUUUAUCUCAAUUUUUUUCAAAAUUAUCUGGUAAAGAACCUGGUUUAACUCCAUUUAGAGUGAAAGUUGUUUGUGCUUAUCGUUAUCAUAAUAUUUCAAAAGCUAAAGAAAUUUUAGAUUAUAAACCAAAUGUUGAUUUAGAGGAAGGUAUCAAAAGAACUUUACAAUGGAUGGAUGAAACAGAAUAA